AUGGUGCAGACGUUUGGGCGUAGCCGCGAAGCGCUAUCAUCUAUCGCGAACGAAACAAUGCUGCACGUAUAUCACCGAUUCGGACAUUUACUCGAAUGGGACGAAGAACGCCUGAACGGCGCAUGGAUGGCGCAAUGUGGACAAGCAAUACACGCACGCGGUGCUCCACUGACAACAUGCAUUGGAUUUAUCGAUGGCACUGUCCGCGAAAUAUGCCGCCCGGGAAAGAGUAUUCAAAAGGCCGCGUACAAUGGCCACAAGCGUAAACACGCUGUCAAGUACCAAGCAGUGGCGUCGCCUGAUGGGAUAAUUGUACACCUUUUUGGACCCGAGGCAGGGUCCCGGCAUGAUGCGUAUUUGCUCGCACGGAGCGAUCUCGUCAACAAGCUGCAACAAAAGCUCCUCAUUGAUGGCACUCGCUAUGGUUCAAGGGAGCCAAGCUUACUGAAAGAGAAGCAGAAUUCAACCGUCGAAUGA